GCACACUUCCCAACAAAGCUGAACGGACAAAAUCACCAUCGCAGCGCUCAUAGUAAUAUAAGCACGUUUUGUCUUGGAAGGACAACAUAGGCCCACCUUGGUAGACUCGGAAACACGGACGAAAAGCCUGCCUUGUGAUCUCGAAGAUGGGCAAGUCGGCGAAAUUUUACAAGCGUCCGAGCCGGAAAGAGAAGAUGGGCCUGUCUUCGAAUUCUAACAGUGUCCGAGCCGCCAUCGCUUCAAGCAAGUUCAACAGACCCGAACCCACGAUCCUCCCGACACACGAACGGAAACGCUCAUCAACAGACCAAAAUAGUCUUCUCAACAAGAAUCAGAAUAAGCCGUACUCAUUGAUCCAGGAUGAAGCGGAACAACAACUAGACGAAGAAGAUGUGCAGAUGGAUGUGGAUGAAGGCUCGAUCAAGAAGAAGAGGCUCGAUCUCAAAACUAAAGUCGUCAAGAGAGCCACCAAAAAUCCCGUUCAAGCCCCCACUAAUCACCCUCAAGAUUAUGUCGAACUGUACGAUAAACCUGACCGUAGAAAAUCUUCCAAUCGGAGGAAGUGAACUCGUCUGAUUACAAUUCCUCCCCCCCUAUUAACUCCCCAGAAUUGUUUGUUUUUGU